AUGCAUUUAGCUUUAAGUGGGAAAAAUCGUGUGAUUGCUGAAGAAAAUGGCCAUGCUAACACACCUCAGAAAGGACUGUUAACUGAAGAUAUCAGUGUAGCUCCUGGGGUACUUGAGGCAGUCUCAAAAUCUACUCUGUCAUCCCAAGUAGUUCAGGUUUCAGAAGAGCAGAAUACGGUGCCUACUCCAGUAAAAAAGUCAAGCAAGACAAAACCACAAAUAGAUGUGAAAGCAGAGUUGGAGAAGAGACAAGGAGGAAAGCAACUGCUUAAUUUGGUGGUAAUAGGCCAUGUUGAUGCAGGUAAAAGUACUUUAAUGGGUCAUCUUCUCUACCUUUUGGGGAAUGUGAACAAAAGAACUAUGCACAAAUACGAACAGGAAUCUAAGAAGGCUGGCAAAGCAUCGUUUGCCUAUGCAUGGGUCUUGGAUGAAACUGGUGAAGAAAGAGAAAGGGGAGUGACAAUGGAUGUGGGUAUGACCAAAUUUGAGACAAAGACUAAAGUAAUUACACUGAUGGAUGCUCCAGGCCACAAAGACUUCAUUCCAAAUAUGAUCACAGGAGCUGCACAGGCUGAUGUGGCUAUUUUGGUUGUGGAUGCUAGCCGAGGAGAGUUUGAAGCAGGGUUUGAGACAGGUGGACAAACUCGAGAACAUGGAUUAUUAGUGCGCUCUCUUGGAGUGACACAGCUAGCUGUUGCAGUCAAUAAAAUGGACCAGGUCAAUUGGCAGCAGGAGCGAUUUCAGGAAAUUACGAGCAAGCUUGGCCAGUUUCUUAAACAAGCUGGCUUUAAGGAAUCAGAUGUGGCUUAUGUCCCAACAAGCGGCCUUGGUGGUGAAAACCUGGUCACAAGAGGCCAGUCAGGUGACCUCACACAGUGGUAUAAAGGAAAGUGUUUGUUAGAGCAAAUCGAUUCUUUCAAGCCCCCACAGAGGUCAGUGGAUAAACCAUUUAGGUUGUGUGUUGCGGAUGUUUUUAAAGACCAAGGAUCAGGAUUUUGUGUGACUGGUAAAAUAGAAGCAGGCUAUAUUCAGGUUGGAGAACGACUUCUGGCAAUGCCUCCCAAUGAAACUUGCACUGCAAAAGGAAUCACACUGCACGAUGAACCAGUUGAUUGGGCUGCAGCGGGAGAUCACGUUAGUCUCACUUUGACCGGCAUGGAUAUCAUCAAAAUCAAUGUUGGCUGUGUAUUUUGUGAUCCUAAGGAACCCAUUAAAGUUUGUACUCGUUUCAGAGCUCGGGUUCUCAUCUUCAAUAUUGAGGUUCCAAUCACUAAAGGAUUUCCUGUGCUUUUACACUAUCAAACUGUAAGUGAACCUGCUACUAUUAGAAGACUGUUGAGUGUCCUGCACAAAAGCACUGGUGAAGUGACAAAGAAAAAACCUAAGUUCUUGACUAAAGGACAGAAUGCUCUUAUAGAACUACAGACUCAAAGACCUGUUGCUCUAGAGUUGUAUAAAGAUUUUAAAGAGCUUGGGAGGUUUAUGUUACGCUACAGUGGUUCCACUAUUGCUGCAGGAGUUGUCACAGAGAUUAAAGAAUGACAGUGAUCCCAGAACGUCUGCCAUCCAACCAAAAAUGUGAUCAGAUAGCCAAACUUCUGUUUAAGAAUCCAGUUACUUCAGUUGAAGGAACAAGUGCAAUUAACUGGGGAGAAGACAAUGAUGGCAAAAGCUAAAUCAUGUGAGAUGCCUGGGGAGCCCUUCAUCUGCCUCUCCCACUGCAGAACAAGGUGCCAACUGACAAGGAACAGCUGAUGUUGCACCUCUCGAUCUCAAGAAUCACGUGUGUUUCUCCAUUUGGAAUUUAGCUCUUAGAGAACUUGAUGGAAAAAUCCUAGAAAGUUGAAUUAGAGAAAAAGAUGAUGAAUCAUCAUCAAACAAACUCCUUACUUCCAGACAUAAAUUGUUUACACAUUUUCUUUGAUUUGCUUUUUUGCUGCACAUUAAUUCAGUAAAGUAACUUUAUUGACCUAAUAUAUUUUUAGGUUUGAGUUGAAUGCAUAUUCAGGGGAAAAAAGAACUCUUUACUUUGGUUUCAAGAGAAUGGCAUGUAGUAUUAUCCUGGGAUUGUUUUCCCUGUCCCAAAGUUUAUUUAAAAAAGUUUUCUUUUGCUUUGUAGUGGAAGCUGUGCCAACAUUGGCUAAUUUUAUUUUUUAAACCAUAAGAAUAAUAAAAUAACUUUGUCUGAGCA